AAGCAAGUCCAUAAAUACGUCAUAACCGGCCUGUUUUGGACAUCGCUUAUGCUGCGUUGGCGGCUCUCUUUGCGCUUCGCCUGUGUGCAGAUAGGAUGGCGCAUGUUCCAGCAGCGCAGCAAGUCAUGAACGCCGCCGAAGACGUCGCGGAUCAGGUGUUGAGGCGGGGCAAGCACGUGCUGCCACACCUGGGUCGGUUUUGCCUGGUGAGCACCUUCCUGGAAGAUGGUUGUCGCAUGUGGUACCAGUGGGGGGACCAGCGGGACUACAUGAACCACUCGUGGGGCUGUGGUUGGUUUCUGGCCUCCCUGUUUGUGCUGGUCAACCUGGUCGGCCAGCUGGGGGGUUCCAUUGCUGUGCUGGCGCGCUUCCACGUCGUGCCAUCAUGCGGCCUCCUCUUCUUCAUCGUCGUGCUGCAGACAUUUGCCUACAACAUACUGUGGGAUGUGGGCUUCCUGCUAAGGAGCAUGUCACUGGUUGGGGCGUUGCUCCUGCUGGUUGCUGAGAGCCGGGUGGAGGCUAAGAGCUUGUUUGCAGGCGUGCCUUCCCUGGGCGAGAACAAGCCCAAAUCAUACAUGCAGCUGACUGGCCGCAUCUUGCUCGUCUUCAUGUUCGUCACGAUGCUGCGCCUCGAGCUCUCUGUCCUCCAGAUGCUACAGAACCUGGUGGCCACUGCCCUGAUGGUCCUUGUCACCGUGGGCUACAAGACCAAGCUGUGCGCCCUGGUGUUGGUGCUGUGGCUAACAGCAAUGAACGUGUGGGUCAAUGCAUGGUGGUCGGUCCCUUCGUAUCGGCCUAUGCGUGACUUCCUCAAGUAUGAUUUCUUCCAGACCAUGUCGGUCAUUGGUGGACUACUCAUGGUUGUCUCGCUGGGGCCCGGUGGUGUGUCCCUCGACGAGCACAAGAAGCACUGGUAGAGCCACUUGCAACUGGCCCACCUACACAAACUGUGCUGCAUAUUUAUUUUGUGCGUCUGCACUGGUGAUUUGUAGGGUUGGGUGUAUUAUUACUGUACGGGUUGCAACACAUUAAUUGCGUAAUUGAUUUAUUUCAAAUGAAAGUAGGACAAACUGGUACUGUAUGCUUUGAAAUAGAUUGAGUGAACUGGCUAUUAAACAAUUUCUCAACACAGUUGUUGCAUACUUUGUGGUACAAAGUUUAUUUGCAAAUAAAGCUGGAAUGAGUAUCUCAGCAGCCAUGCUUUGAAGGAUUUCACUGUACCGGUCUGUUUAUUCACGGGCCCUUGAGCAAAUUCUUCGGGUUGGUGAACAACACCAGCACAUUUUUUGCAUAUUUUGUUGCCCUUGCAGGGAAAUAACGGUGACGAGCUGCGUUUUCUUCUUAGGUACUUCGAGAGAAACCUUGUGUGUGUUGGGUAGGUUAAGAAAAGCUCAUGAUGUUGAAACCACCAAGAGGUGAUUAUGGCCAGAGCUGUCCAUGGUCUCUCACUAUUGUGUGGUGCAAUUGCAUUAUAACAGAACAGUUUCUUCGUAGGCAAAAGGUGCUUUAGAUGCUGAGGUUUGAUCUGCAACAUGAGUAAUUUUUUUCUGGCUCCAUUGUCAAAAACGGUAUAUUUCAACUUCUUGAAACCCAUCAAUGUGGACACCUCAGAUGAAGCCUGUUUCAUUGCAGGAUAAACACUUCUGUAAGACACUAACGAUUUUAUAUAAGCCUUACCUUUUUAAAUGCCGUGGAAUGCAAGUUGGCCUGUUCAGCAGGUGGAUUACCUGAAAUCGCAAGGGAAACUUAACUAAUUUAUAAUUCUUAUCUCUAGACAUGUGGCAAAGGAGUAAUGUCUGCUAAGCAGAAAUCCCAAGACUGGCACAAAAUGUCUUUAAAAUUUGCUGCAUUGUGUUUGCCUCUAGCCUAACCAACUGCAAUGAGACAGGAGCACCAUAGGGAAAUUUUACUUCUGAAACAUGAAUCAUGAAAAGCUAGCAAAGGGAUGUUUUUGAUACCAAUACUCUUAAAAACUGCCAGCGCAGAAUCUGAAAUGUUGGGAACCAGUACUCCUGAUGCAGUAAAAGCUACGUUCUAGGUGUCGUGUGCUAACGAGCAGGCUGCUUGUGCCAUCUAAUAAAGUUGCUACUUAAAGGCUGUGUAUUUCCAGCCCUGCAGUUUUAACAUAAUUGCUUUGAUAAUAGAUCUUUUCAGUUGUAACCAAUUUUGCCAAAGUGAAAUUUUAGCAGAUUUUGGGGAUGAAAGUGUUAUGGUUUCAGAAUUGCUGCUGUGCAGAGAUGAUUCAGUUUCAAUUGCAUUAUGAUUAGAAAAACUACAAGGACAUUGUUUUCUGGCGGAGGCAACUUUUUUCACCCUAUAAUGCCGAGUGUACUUUGAAAUUGCAGCACCAUUUUCAUUUUGAAACAGUUCUCCUUAGUAGACCAUUUUUGCUACAAAUGGUGUCGUCAAAAUGACCACAUUGUAAUUUUUUGUCGGCUGUAUGAUCUCUUUGACCUAUUUAUCUCUAAACUUGUACAAGUACUGCUGUGGGUACAGCCUAAUUAUUUUUUUGUCAUGCUUGCUGAUAUUCAUAAGCUUGUUUAAAAGAGAAGAUGUGAGGGGUGCAAGCAUUAUGUUGCAUGUGUACUAUGCAUCCCUAUAGCAUUGCAAUAAAAUUAAUGCAGGUGUGCUUUAUAAAGUA